CACCAUUAGGUAUACAGUUUGUACCACCAGGAGCAAGAUUUAUUACAGCAGCAGCAGGAGAAGCCAAGGGAGAAGGGGAAAACAAGACGAUAUGGAGAACAACAACACGGCUGGGAAGGUCAUCACCUGCAAAGCCGCCGUGGCAUGGGGGCCAGGGCAACCGCUGGUCAUGGAGGAGAUCCUCGUGGAUCCGCCUCAGAAGAUGGAGGUCCGGAUCAAGGUCCUCUUCACUUCGAUAUGCCACACGGAUCUCAGCGCUUGGAAAGGCGAGAAUGAAUCUCAAAGAGCGUAUCCGCGGAUUUUCGGCCACGAAGCGUCCGGGGUCGUGGAGAGUGUCGGAGAGGGAGUGAGGGACAUGAAGGAAGGAGACCAUGUGAUACCCCUCUUCAACGGGGAGUGCGGCGAGUGCGUGUUCUGCGAGCGCGACGGUACCAACAUGUGCAGGGACUACGGGGUGAACCCGAUGAAGAAGGUGAUGAUCGGCGACGGCAAGUCGAGGUUCUGGACCAAAGGAGCGAGGCAGCCCAUCUUCCACUUCCUCAACACCUCCACCUUCAGCGAGUUCACGGUGGUCGAGUCCUCCUGCGUCGUCAAGGUCGACCCCAAGUUCCCACUCGAGAAGAUGACCUUGCUCAGCUGCGGCGUCUCCACAGGUGUUGGAGCUGCAUGGAACACGGCCGACGUGAAGGCCGGGUCGACCGUCGCCGUCUUCGGCUUGGGCGCUGUGGGUCUCGCGGUUGCGGCCGGCGCACGUGCUAGAGGGGCAUCGAAGAUAAUAGGCGUUGACAUCAACCCUGCCAAAUUCUUGAAAGCCCGGGCGCUGGGGAUCACCGAGUGCGUCGACCCAGGCGAGCUUGAGACGGCGGUGCACGAGGAGAUCAAGAGGUUGACCGGAGGCGGCGUUGACUACAGCUUCGAGUGCGCCGGCAACUUGACCGCCCUGCGCGAGGCCUUCCUCUCCACCCAUGCCGGGUGGGGACUGACCGUGCUGCUGGGGGUCCACCCGGGCCCGAAGACGCUGCCGCUGCAUCCGAUGGAGCUGUUCGCCGGGCAACAGAUCACCGCCUCGGUCUUCGGCGGCUUCAAGGGGAAGACCCAGAUCCCUCGCUUCGCCGAGGAAUGCAUGCUCGGGGCGGUGAACUUGGAUGAGUUCAUAACGCAUGAACUCCCGUUCGAGAAGAUCAACGAAGCAAUUCAGCUGCUCAUCGAAGGGAAGUCCCUGAGGUGCCUCAUGCACCUCUGAGUUUUUAUCCUCCUGUAUUGUUGUGCAUCUACUUGAGAGUGAUGGUUCUCGUGAUUAAGGUGUGGCGAAUUCGCGAUGAGAAAGGUGAUUAUCGCUUUCUUAUCGCGAAGAGGAAGUGACGUGUGAGAGAGAAGAACAGAAGGGGGGUCGUUUAAGAAGCCGAGAAUUCCGUGACAUGAACCGUCCUGUUAUUUAUGUAACAUUGAACCAUAGCAUUUCGUGAUUCAUUCGUGUUUUGAUGCCUCGCAAUUACAUGGGAAUGAUGCUUGCGUGUGUCGCAAUAGAAAAAUCCCGCAUUG